AUGUCUCAAACCAUUUGCCAAUUCAUCUUCUUCAAGAUACAACCUGAGGUUCGGCCCGAGGACCCGGACAGCACAGAGGGCCGCGACCUGGUGGCUGUCUUUCGCACUACGCAACAACAAAGCGGCCACAUGAGUUCCGUCUGGGGCCGGGUGAUAGGAGACGAGGAUGUGAUCAUUUGGGUUGUGGAAUGGGCCGAUGCCCGAUGCUCAACAGCCGUUGCUCUACUGGAACCCUUCCUCGCACCUUCGGCCCAACCUCCGACAUCACUCUACACAACGCUUAACCCACCGAUUUCCAGUACGGGGACACUCACCACAAACCCGAUUACAGAAAUUUGCGUUCUGCCUUUCCCCAGCUCCUUGACUGUGCAAGAGACCAAGCAGUUGGAUUCGGACCUGAUAAAUUUCCGCAUCGUGUUAGUCGAGCAGUUACCGCAGGCGAGUGGACCACGGUCGUGGACGAUGGGUCAUGUCGAUCGGCCGAGCACGGUGCAGCAUGCAACCAGCCCGAGUGGACGUGCUGCCUUGCAUUUGUUGGCUAUCGGAUGGGAUUCGGUCGAGGCUCAUUUGCAGGCUAAGGAGACGGAGCAGUUUCAGCAGAGUGUUGCGCCUUUUCGGGAGAAGAUUUUGCCCCCCCGUGCCUGGAUUGGAGAUAAAACAUGUUAG